UCUCCACAGCCCGCGGCAGACGACAACAGCAGCGACGAACGAGGGCAGCGAUAAGAGCAGGCUCGCCAUAGCGAGCUCCGGCGAGAGGCACACGAGACACCAAACACGACGCAGCCAUGGCCACCAGCCAGAGAGCGUGGGCCCUCCUCGUCGUCUUCACGUCGCUUCAAGGCGUGGGCGGCCUGCAGGCGGAAGAGAAUCUGCUCAAGGACCUGUUCGUGGCGCAGCAGUACAAGACCCUGGUGCGGCCCGCAUGGACCGCCACGGGCCGCGUCACCGUGCGCCUCGGAAUGACGCUCUCGCAACUCAUCAGCCUGAACGAGAAGAAGGAGGAGCUGACCACCAGCGUCUACAUGGACAUGUCUUGGGAAGACCCUCGCUUGUCCUGGGACCCAAGAAACUACGACAACCUGAAGUCCAUCCGUCUGUCUCCGAAGCGCAUCUGGCUCCCGGACAUCGCUCUGUCUAACAAUAACGACGGCAACUUUGACUUUGGGCUCUACGUGCACGUGCUGGUGGACUACACGGGCGCCGUGCGGUGGGUCCCCCCGUCCAUCUACCGCAGCUCGUGCGGCAUGCAGGUGAAGUACUUCCCCUUCGAUUGGCAGAACUGCUCCAUGGUCUUUCAGUCGUUCACGUAUGACACCUCGGAGAUCAACCUGGAGUAUGCGCUCGACGAGCACAGGCAGGAGAUCAGGCACAUCAUCAUCGACGAGAGCACCUUCCCAGUGAGCGGCGAGUGGCAAAUCAAGCACAAACCAUCGCGCAAGAACACCAACCCCAGGGACCCUCUGUACCAAGACAUCACCUUUUAUCUCAUCAUGGAGAGGAAGCCCCUGUUCUACAUCAUCAACAUCGUCGUGCCCUGCAUCCUCAUCACCAUUUGUGCCGUCUUCACCUUCUACCUGCCCCCGGAUGCAGGUGAGAAGAUGGGGCUGUGCAUCUCCGUGCUACUGGCCCUCACCGUGUUUCUGCUGCUGCUGGCCGACAAGGUUCCAGAGACGUCCCUCGGGGUCCCCGUGAUCGUCAACUACCUCAUGUUCACCAUGGUGAUCGUCACGGCCUGCGUCAUCCUCACCGUCAUCGUGCUCAACCUGCACUUCCGAUCAGCCGGCACGCACAUCAUGCCCUACUGGGUCCGCCGGAUUUUCAUCCACGCGCUGCCCAAGUACCUGUGGAUCGAACGUCCCAAGAAGGAGGAGCUCGCCCCGAAGCUCCCCGUGCUGGCGCAGCACCAGCAGCACUGCCACGACGAGUACUUCAUCCGCACGCCGCCCAGCCAGGCGCUGCUGCUGCCCACCUCGCACUCGUUCGGAAUGACGCCGUUCUCCUCGGAGCUUGCCGGGCCCGACAAGCUCCACGUGGUGCUGCCCCCGGAGCUGCAAUCGGCGGUGGACGCCGUGCACUACAUCUCCGAGCACAUGCUCAACCAGAAGGAGUUCGACGAGCUGAAGGAAGACUGGCAGUUUGUGGCGAUGGUCGUGGAUCGUAUCUUCUUCAUCACCUUCUUACUGCUCACGUCCCUGGGAACCUUUGGGAUCUUCUUCAACGCCAGCUACAACAUCACCCCGAACGACCCCUUCCCUUGAGGGCACGCGCACCAGCUUCAUCAUCACCAUCGUCACCAUCCACGGGCAGAUGGCCCGUAGGUGUCCACUGCACAUUUCCUCAUUUGUUUUCACUUUCCUCUUGUUCCAAUAUGCUUAAGUAGUGAAGCCAGCUUCACUCUCGUAUUUUAUCAGCUCCCCUCGCAUCGAUGUUCGCGGCUUCUUCCCUAUUUAAAAGAUCACGUGGCCCCAUCGCACGCACGCACGCCCGUACGGCCCUUCUCCCAGCCUGCCUCACAGGCGUGCAUUGCGUACACACCGUUGAGAAUGCAGCGUGAGUUUGAACGCACGCGAACGCACACACCGGAGGGUUUAAUCGUCUUCCAGGUGACAAAUCGGGACACAUUUGCAGCCAAUAAAAAGUAUGUGUGACUGAAA